UUUUGACGGUUUGUUGUUGAUUCUGCAUGGCUGAGAAGAAACAAAGGAAGACAAUGGAAAAUAAACAUCAGUCAUGGUUGAAAACACAACGACCACUCGAACGGCAUUCAUUUGCUUCUAACCGUCGUACAGUAACGAGCAACACGAUGGCCCAUUGGUACCAAGCGUUGGUGUUUCUUGGAUUAACAGCUUUUYGCCAUGGUUAUUUUGAAUGGGAAAAUUGUGUUAAAUCGACCGCUGAAAACCGAACAAAGGUUCUCCGCGCACAUGGCUGUGAAGACGGGAACCCCGUAGUCUUGUCGUGUAGGCCUGGGUACAAGAUUUCAAUCCUCAAAGCAUUCUUUGGUCAUGGACAUGGGCACCAGUCCACUUGUGACAGCUCUUGGUUUGGUCAAAACUGCGGAGCAUUUGGUUCAAAGGCUAAAGUCAGGUUUCUUUGUCAAGACAAGAUGACAUGUACGAUAUCGCCAACAUCGGAAGUACUCGGGUCAACAUCGUGCACGUUCGGGUUGAAUUCGGAUUUGCAUAUCGAAUACGUGUGUCAUAAAGAACAAGUAGAGGAUACGAUUUCCCUGAAAUUUCUCAAGCUAUCACCAAGCCCCAUCAUCCUUCCCGGUCGGAUCAAUGCUUCUGUUGCAUUGCUGGUCAGCAGACAUCUUGAUGGAUCGACCAAACUAAAGCUUGAUAUCCAUGCCAAAGUUCUUGGAAUAUGGACACCAAUACCAUGUGUUUCUAACUAUGGGUCUUGUACAUAUGAUAACUUCUGUGACAUUCUCCGUGGAGUGAUGCUCAACAAGUGUGACCGUGACAUGCAGAACAAAGGAAUUCCAUGUGACUGUCCCAUUCCUACUGGCUUGUUUACCGUCCCGACCCAGUCCAUCGUCGUGACGAAAGAUCAGGUCGACAAAAUACCAGUUUGGGAUUCAAUCGUUAGUGGUCAGUAUCGGAUUAAGGCUGAGUUCAUGGACGUGUAUGAAAGACCUUUGGGCUGCAUCAAACUUCAACUUGAAKUCGAUGUCAACUCGGAUAAAAAGAAGCGAAGUCUAAGAAUACAAGCCGAAUAGAAUGGGUCCUGAAAGUGAUUAAACUAUAUAAGACGGAUUAUUAUUGUUUUUUGACAGACAAGUGAUGCAUUCACAUUAUUAUCAACAUGCAGCUGCAAUAAAUGUAGAUUAACCAACU